UUUCCUUUCACAAUUUUCAAGCGGCGUGUCAGUAUUUAUUCCAUUGUAUAUAAAUGUAUACUAGAAUUAUAACCUAUAAUUUAUUAUUUUUCAUAAAUUUAAUUUUAAUUUAGUUUAUUUCGUUUAUUUUCGUGAAUACAGUCUUUACAAUUGAUUGUUAAAGUUUAUUUUAGGCCUUUAAUGGUUCCAAAAUAUGGAAUUGUAAUGUAAUGUAAUUUGUUUCGAAUAUCAGAAUAAUUUAAAUCCUUCAUUUGAAUUGCCAAAAAUUGUCCGCAAUUUACCGAAAAUGAAUUCGUCAGAGGAUGAUGACAUAAAUUUCAUAAAAAAUGAACUUUUACCAGAAUUGGUAUACGAAAGAUGUUUUUGUGACGUUGGUUCAAGGGAAUUUGUCGAGUAUGAUUCAGCCUGUGUAAAAUCACUUAAUAACGAAAAGGGUCCAACGAAUAAUGAAUCUUAUUAUUCAGCAAAUAUAAUAGUUAAAUUUUCCGGUGAACCAAAAACAUUUUCCAUUUUUAUUAAAUUACUACCAGCUACUGUAAAUGACAUUGCUUACGAUUGGUUUUUAAAUGAAGAAAUAUUUUACAAUAGUCAUUUACUACGUAAGAGCAAUACAAAAUGUGUUCCAAAAUGUUAUGCCGUUAGUAUGGGUAAAUAUGGUCGACCUACACUUGUACUGGAAGAUUUAAAUGCUCAGGGUUUUGAGAAAAUUAGAAAAUUGAAUCUUGAAGAAUUAAAUUUAUGCGCCAGUGCAAUUGGAUUUUUUCAUGAAAGCAUUUUAAAAUAUGUGAGAGAGAAGAAUUGUUCGUUAAAUAAUUUUUCAACAUUAAAGAAUAUGGAAUCCAAUCAAAUUUUUUGUAAAGGAUACUCCAGAAUAAAAACAUUGAUAGAUUCGAAAAUUUUAAAAAAGAUCAAAAAUAUAGUUGGUGAAGAUAUUCGUGAAAAUUUGCAAUCAACAGUUGUAAAGGAACAGAAAAUAUUGUGUCACGGACACUUUAGUCGGGAAAAUUUGCUUUUCAAAUAUGAAAAUGGAAAAGCAGUUGAUGUAAAGGCUAUUCGUUGGCACACGAUAAAAUACAAUUCUAUUGGUAUGGAUUUAGCUUUUCUUAUUCUUGAAAAUUUGUCUAACGAAAUGGGAGACAUUGACGGUAUUUUAACUCGUUAUCUGAAAGCAUUGAAAAGUGGAGAUCUCGAAAACGAAAGAAAUUCUCUUUCAUUGACAGAAGUUCGAAGUGCUUUUGUCUCUAAUCUUCUGCACGCCUAUUUUACCUUAUCGUUGGAUGAAGACUGUUCGGAUGAGAAAAUCGUAGCAUUAUCGGAGCAAUUGGAGCGUUUGGGUGCUUUCAAUGAGAUCCAGUGACAUAAAUAAAAAAGAAAACUCUAACACACAGGAUAAAAACAUAUAGUAUUGUUUAUUCUCUUCAUUUCUUUCUAUUUUAAGAAUAACAUUUUUCAUCUGCUUUUUUUAAGAACAUUAAUAAUAAAUUUAGAUUAGAAAAUUUUAGAUUUGUUUUUGAUAUUUUAAACGUUCAAAAAUGAACGAAAAAUUUGUUUACUACUUUUUUAACUUUAAAUUUGAUUACAAAUUAUUGGUUUCUGUAUUCUAAAAUAAAUUAAUAAGUUACUAAAUGUUUAAUAUAUUCUUUUAUUUUGCAUUGCUGUAGUAAUUUAAAAAAAAUUUAUAGAUCAAAAAAAUUAUUUCGUUCAUUUGAACGUUC